AUGGGUUUCUUUGUUCAAAAGCUGAAUUUUCAGCCUACAAGGAUUUCCAGGCGUCCAAAUAUUUUGCUGCUCAGUUUGGAGAAAAGGAUUAUUCCAAGGUGUUCAGUAUGGCUACUAUUGAUGUCUGGAGAUCUGAUUAAGGGGGAUGUGAACUUAACUACUGCGAUAGCAAUGAAGGAGAAGAAUUUCUUGGAGAAUUUUGUGAUCAAGUAUCAGCAUAUGGUACCUGAAGUUGUGAAUGCAUACCGUGUUCGAGAAAAGGUUUAUGUCCAAGAGUCCAAUUAUGCAACCACUGAUCUCAAGAUAUCUGAUUUAGGGGCAUAUGAGUCUAGUUUAUCGAAUCCGAAUCUUCUGCUACUUAGAUUGGAGAAGAGGAUUGCUCCAAGGUGUUCACUGUUCAGAUUUGCAACUUGCGAUGUUGAAGGAGCUGAUCAGGGAAAAUGUAAGCUUACUUAUGCAUUUAGAUGA